AUGAUUGCUUCGCGAACGUCACAUUUUAGAUCGGUAGAGAUUUAUCAACAAAAACAAGUCGAGUUGUUAGCGCAGUUUCAACGCGCACAAACCAAUUUGGCCAUGCAACAGCUGAAUUAUUUCCAAUUCUUUCAACAGCAGAAUUCCGCUGCCGCAUCACCUCAGCAGGCCAGUGCCGUAUCCACUCAAACCGCUCAACAAUCCUCAUACUAUAACUCACCACCCGGCCCGGCGCAUCUGAUCGAUCCGGUGACCAUUCCAGCCGUCUCCUCAUCACAAGAUGACAGCGAUUCACCGCAACAACAAGCCUCACCAACAACGUCGAUACCAACCAAAGAGACAGCAACAUCAUCUACUACGGGACUUCGCAAUCGAAGUUAUAAAUCUGAUGAAAUCUUUUGA